CUUCUUGAGUUGAGAGAAACUGAAAAUGAUGGAAAUUAAACAUGGUGAAUGUUGUAAGGUUUGCUUAUGUUUAACUUUGUUGAUCAAUUUCAUCAUAUUAAAGUAAAAAAACUUCCUGGAAACCUUAAGCUUUCCCGUUGGAAAGAACCCGUUCAAGAGUAUACGCCGGAAAAAACAAACCUCCUUCCUUCUUGUUGGUACAGUGAACUUUUUUUAAUGAAGAGCCUUCAUGAACGAAGCACUGGGCAAAAAUUCUAUUAAGCUAAAUUACUCUGGUUUCUCAGAGUAUGGAGGUGGAUAGAAAAAUAUUUACAAUGCAUACUGAUUUUAUAUCCCGGAUCUUUCAUCAUUUCUUUAUCGUUUUACUUUAUUAUAAUGUCAGUUUGACACUAAACUUUGUAAAUUAUAUGGACCCUGUUCAAGCUAUACCUCCUCAGAGCAUACAGCCACCACUUGACAGUGGUGUGACCGAAGACCCAUUAGCAGCUCUCCUUCCUCACUAUAUUAAGAAAUCCAAUAUUGAUCCCUAUUUGACUAGAAAUGUUACCACUCAAGUAGGCCAAACUGCUUACUUGCAUUGUAUAGUGAACCUGGUUGGAGAAAGAACAGUUUCUUGGAUAAGACUAAAAGAUUUUCAUCUUUUGACUGUUGGAAAGUACACCUACACUAGUGACACUAGAUUCUCUUCUGUAUAUAUGCCAAUUACAAAUGAUUGGGCCCUGCAGAUAAAAUAUCCGCAGGUUGCAGAUGAAGGACUAUAUGAAUGCCAGAUCAGUUCAUUUCCUUCUAAGAGCAUUUAUUUUAGGCUCUGGGUUGUUGUUCCUGAAGCAAGAAUUGUUGAAGGACCAGACAUGUAUGUGGAGGUCGGAAGCUCAAUCAAUCUCACAUGUGUAAUUAUGGACAGCCCAGAGGCACCUGCUUAUGUGUUCUGGUACCAUGAUAAUCGUAUGAUCAAUUAUGAUUCCUCUCGUGGAUCCAUCACUGUUCAGAAAGGGGGUGGAAAUACAGCAGUCAGUCGACUGCGAAUCAAAGACGCUCAACCCAGUGACUCUGGCAAUUAUACCUGCUCCCCUUCAAAUGCUGAUACUGUCAGUACACUUGUUUAUGUUGUCAAAGGUGAAAAGCAAGCAGUUGUUCAAAACAUAGAAGGCACUGCAACCCAGAAAGGUUUUAGAAUCAAUAUUAACAACAUCUUGUUGUUUGUUGGGAUAUUAAUUGUCUGUUUUAUCAGAUGAUGAUUUAUUUGAAUGCAUUGAUCACCAGAAAAUGUUGAAAGAACAAAUGAUCCGGUCUUUUCAUUGUGAACUUACAAUUGAUAUCUCCUUCCUCAAUGAAACAAACUUGUAACCUUGCGUGUGAAUAUUAAAGAUCUCAAAAAUUGAAUCUUUGGAAUGUUUACAAAUUGUCUAUGUGAAAUGGAAAGUUUGAAUUUAUCAUUUCCAUCGUAUAUCUCCAUGUCAUCACACUGUAGAUUACAAAUUUUACUUAAUGUUUUCAGAUAUAAGUCAAAGUGAAUGCCAAAUUUAUCUACUUAUGUUUUAAUGUUUAUAGUUGUUGUUAAUGUUCAGAAUGUUCAUAUCCUAUUAUAAGACACACUGAACAACCAACAUAAUAUUUUGUUGAAUUUUUUAGUACUUCUUUUUACUUUUUUUAUUAUGUUUUAUUCCCUGUUGUUUAUCAGAUUUAUUACUUUCAUCAUCAUAUUAGCAUUAUUUAUUUUGUUGUAAAAUCUUUUAUAAAGAUCCCCUUCCCUAUCUUAGUUAGACAAGUAUAGUUCUACUCUUUAAUGAUUAUUAAAAAACUAACAUAAUGUUAAACCUACUUUAUUUUUAAAAAAAAUACUUUUGUAAAGAUUUUUUUUUUAAUUCAGAAACUUAAAUAUUAAUGCUUUAUUUAGCAUAAAUAGGAAUAGUUUAUUUCCCAGUGUUUGAAAAUUCACCAUAUUAAUUUUU